GGAUUUGUGAAAAAGCAGAUAAAUAAUUUAUAAAUAAAUAAUACGUAUAAAUUAUUAAUAUUACCUUUCUAUUUUUAUCAAUCGUAUAGGUUCUUCCGGAGUUGUGGUAGACAGUGAGUGUGGCGUCAGUUCGAUCUGUGUUGCACAUUUUUUAAGGACUAAAUUGCCUAUUUUUCUCAUCAUCUAUGAAAAUAUAAGUCAGGAAACAGCAAAAAUGGCUUUCAACCAGCACGUGCAAGAUAUAAUGAACGAACAAGAAAGGGCCAUCGAAAAAUCUGAGACCGACUGUAUGUUGAAAUUUGGACCAAACACUAGAAGUAAUGAUCCUUAUCUUGAUCAUGUAACAAAAAAGAUGAUGUGUCCGCCAUUUUUUGAUCUCAUUUAUUGCUGGCCACCACAACUACCGAACACAACUGCUUCCGUAUCCUGUCCACGAUACGUCAUUGGAUUCAUACAGUUUCAGGCUAAUUUUGCUACAAGAAAAUGUAACGAAAACGCAAAAUGGUUUACAAAGAAUGACGUUCCAUACACCAACUACUCCGAUUGCGUUAACGAUAAAGUAACCACUGUCUAUACCAAUAUUAGCCAGGAUUCCGCAAUUAUUGACCAUUCCGCGGAAAGUCUAAACAUAAUCAAAGUGGUGAUACAAACAGGAUAUGCGAUAUCAUUAAUAUCCUUAAUUAUUGCAUUCACAAUAAUGUUCAAAAUCAAGAAACUUCAUUGUGCCCGGAAUAUUCUCCAUAUGAACUUGUUUGCUUCUUUCAUUUUACGAUCAUUCAUGCACAUUCUCAAAGACGCUUUAUUUGUGAAUGGAAUAGGACUUUCCAAAGAUAUGAUGUUAGACUCUGAUGGAAGAGAGUUUUUCCAUGUUAACGUGAUGUCGAAUAACUUUGAAUGCAAACUUAUAGUUAGUAUGUUACAAUAUUUUACUGCGGCAAAUUAUUCGUGGAUAUUAAUGGAAGGACUUUAUCUGAAUAAUCUAAUUUUAAGGGCCUUAUUCACUGACUCGAAUAAAAAUUUAGCGUAUUAUAUUACUUUAGGAUGGGGUCUUCCUGUUUUGGUUGUUUCGGCUUGGGUGGUUGCGCGCAUUUUACUUGAAGACAAUCUGUGCUGGACUACAAAUGAUGACUUCAGAGUUUUUUCGAUAAUCAUUAUACCGACGCUCGCAUCUGUGUUGAUUAAUUUGAUACUCUUCGUCAUAAUAUCCAUAGUCCUCUAUAACAAACUAAAAUCACCCAUUAAUGAAGAUUCAAGAAGAUAUUUGAAAUGGGCUAAAUCGACUUUAGUUUUGGUGCCUCUGUUUGGUGUCAACUAUGCAUUUUUUCUUGUUCUGUAUUUCUUAAAUGAGAAAUUUAUAUGGAUGCUGUGUGAUGGACUUUUUGGAAGCUUCCAGGGAUUCUUUGUGGCAAUCCUCUACUGCUUCCUAAACGGAGAAGUGAAAUCAGAAGUGAAACCCUACAUCACAAGCGUAUUAUUAUUUUUGGCUACAAACAACUUCACCAAGUGCUGUUUCCCAAGACGGCAAAAAUACUUAAGCUCAGCAGCCGGAAGACAGUCAGUAUCCACGACGAUGUCUUGCAGCUCUCUCUACAAUAACGGUGUCAACCAUCAUCGGAACAGCAAGACCAAACUAGAUCAACUCACCAAAAUUAAACUGAAUAAUCUUCAUUCGGAUAGUUCAAAGGAUUUAUUCAUUUCCAAUGGUACCAGACAUUCCGUUCCCAAAAGUGGUAAUAACGGCCACUACGCUCCUAAUUUGACAUUUGUUCAUGGAAGAUAUCCGAUGAAUACGACUACAAAUAACUUGGAUUUGUCAUUAGCGCACGCAAGACCCCACAAUUAUUCUCAAAACUUACCAACGUGUGAAGAAGAAGUUUCAAUGUUGGAAGAUUUAAAUGUUAAAGAUAAGUUAGAUAAUAAGUUCUCACGAAUAUGAACAAAUUCCUAAAUAAAGUGAAAAUUUAAGAAAAAAUGUAAAAGCUUUAAAAUCAAAUCUGUCUGCAGUAAGCAGAAAAGGCAUUUUCGUUUCUUGAUGAUUCGAUUUCCAGAUCAAUCAUUUGAAUAUAGCUUUAAAAUAUCAUUACAGGGAAAUAACUACGCAUUUGUAAAUAGUUUUUAUUCUUCAAAUUAGGUAAAAAUUGAACUUUUUAUGGAAAAAAUGGAAAUACAUAUUUGAAAAAUAGACCUUAAAUUUAAUCGCGUUAUUAAUUGAAAGAUAUAAAGUGUAUAUUGCAUUUGAUAUAAACAAUAAACACAUUUCGUGUUGUCAAUUCAAAUAAUUCAAUGUUUAUCUGGAUAGAAUUGUUAGUUUUAAGAAAAUAACUCUUGAACCCCAUUAAUUUCAUAAUGCUUAUGCCCAAACUUUGAAGGGUGGGCAUCUUAAAUUUUAUGAGUAGGUAAUCACUAUGUGAUCAUUUUUACCAAAAAUCAAUAUACAGCUAAAUUAGUGUCGUAGAAUUAAGAGUCCCUUCUUGUAAAAUCGUACCUAUAUUAAUCGUUUCCUGUAAACAAGUUUCUCUUUACCAGUUUUGGCUGUUGUAUAAAUGUGUAUUUUACAUGCAUAUCUGAAAUUAUAAAUUUUUACUGGUGUACCUGUUAUUAUAAUGAAUUAUUUUUAGUUUUUUCUGCUGUAUUACCCUAUCUAUGUAUUUUUUUAAUAAAAAAUCCUAUUACUGACUAUUAUUAGAAUUAAUUUUAUUGUUGUGUACUCGGGAUUUAUCUAGAAAAACAUGGCGCACUACUUGAAUAGAAUUUUCCGAAUUUUUUACGCGACACGCAGACAAAUACAUUCUCAGAAUCCCGCCGGGAUGCCGAGGCGAUUUCGUAACACUGCUCCCUCUCAAAUAAGAUCGUCC